AGGAGAGGAGGGGAGGGGCUCGGGCGUAUAAAGCCUCACAGAGCAGGUCUAGUGGUUUCAUUCAGAGUGCGGGACUAGAACCAGCAUCCUAAUGGAAAUAAGUAAGAACAGCGUCCUCCAGCAGACCAACAGCAGCAGUAUGUCUGAGGCCACGCAGAGGUCCUGCGAGCCCCGCCGGAAGAAAGCGGAAGACCGCAGCGCGCCGUCAGAAAUGGCUCGGAUAAUCACCGACGCUGCCACCGGCAAGUGCUACUGCCGCGGGAAAGUUUUGGGAAAGGGAGGCUUUGCCAAAUGCUACGAGAUGACGGACCUCUCCACGGGGAAAGUUUACGCCGCUAAGAUCAUCCCUCACGCGCGCGUCUCCAAACCUCACCAACGGGAGAAGAUUGACAGAGAAAUCGAGCUGCACAGAGCCCUGCACCACAAACACAUCGUGCAUUUUUAUCACUACUUUGAGGACAAGGAGAACAUCUACAUCCUGCUGGAGCACUGCAGUAGAAAAUCGUUAGCCCACAUCCUGAAGGCUCGCAAAGUGCUCACAGAGCCAGAGGUGCGGUAUUACCUGAGGCAGAUUGUCUCUGGACUAAAGUACCUGCACGAACAGGAAAUCCUUCACAGAGAUCUUAAACUGGGUAAUUUUUUUGUCAGCGAGUCGAUGGAGCUGAAGGUCGGGGACUUCGGUCUGGCUGCCAAGUUAGAGCCGGCGGGAAACAGGAGGAAGACGAUAUGUGGGACUCCUAACUAUCUGUCCCCCGAGGUGCUCAACAAGCAGGGUCACGGCUGUGAAUCAGAUGUCUGGGCCCUGGGCUGCGUAAUGUACACUAUGCUGUUGGGUCGACCCCCGUUUGAAACCACUAACCUGAAGGAGACGUACAGGUGCAUCAGAGAGGCGCGCUACUCCCUUCCGUCCUCGCUGUCCCUGCAGGCGAAGCAGCUCAUUGCCAGCCUGCUGGCCAAGAUUCCAGAAGACCGACCCAACCUGGACCACAUUCUGAGGCAUGACUUCUUCACUCAGGGCUUUAGUCCAGAGCGUCUGCCGCCUAGCUGCUGCCAUUCUGCGCCAGAUUUCCACGUCUCCAGUCCUGCGAAAAGCUUCUUCAAGAAAGCUGCUGCUGCUUUGUUCGGUGGGAGGAGGGACAAGGUCAAGUACUACGAGACUCUGAAUAAGUUAACUAAGGAGGAGGAGAUCUACAAACUGCAGCAUGACUUGGAGAAAACCGUCAUCAGUCAACAGAGCAAAAAGACAUCUGAGAAUGGAAGUCCGCUUCCGCCAUCUGGGUGCCCUGUUGCCUUGGCAACAGAGAGUCAGUCGGCGACGACGCAAGAUACCAUACGUCUGAUCGUCAGGGGGAGCCUGGGCAGCUGUAGCAGCAGCAGUGAAUGUCUGGAAGAUAGCACAACAGGAAGCGUGGCUGAAACUGUUGCUAGCAUGUUGAGGGGCUGCCUGGAGAAUAUGCCUAAAGCAAAUGACACUCCCCAGGCCCUAAAUGGCUGCAACCUCCAAUGGGUGACUAAAUGGGUGGAUUACUCCAACAAGUAUGGCUUCGGCUACCAGUUAUCUGAUCACACCGUGGGAGUCCUCUUCAACAACGGCACCCACAUGAGCCUCCUGCCAGAUAGAAAAACCAUUCAUUACUAUGCAGAGUUGGGCCAGCGCUCUGUCUUUCCUACCUGUGAGGUUCCUGAGCACUUUGUGGGUCAAGUGACUGUGCUCAAGUACUUUUCGCACUAUAUGGAGGAAAACCUCAUGGAUGGCGGAGACCUCGGUACUGUAACAGACGCACACUUGCCCAGGCUCUACCUGCUGCAGUGGCUCAAGUCUGACCGCGCCCUCAUGAUGCUCUUUAACGACGGCACUUUCCAGGUCAACUUUUACCACGACCACACCAAGAUCAUCCUGUGUUGCCAGAGAGAUGAGUACGUGCUGACGUACAUCAAUGAGGAGCGCGUGUCCAAAACCUUCCAGCUCAGCUCCCUGCUGACAUCCGGCUGCCCCACUGACUUGCGUCAGCGUAUGGUCUACUCCCUCAACAUGCUCCUGCAGAGGUGCAGCUAAACCUUCAACAGAAACAGCAUUUUGAAAAAAAAA